AUGGGCGUCCAGAAUCUAUGGGUUCUACUAGCGCCUGUGGGACGACAAGUUGAGAUUGAGUCACUAGCAGGUCAAGUUCUCGCUGUUGAUGCAAGUAUUUGGCUAACACAGUUCAUUAAAGCGAUGCGUGAUGACGAGGGUCGUAUGAUUCCCAAUGCUCAUCUUCUAGGAACUCUUCAUCGUGUUGCAAAACUCCUUUAUUAUCAAAUACGUCCAGUGUUUGUAUUUGAUGGACAAACGCCUGAGAUCAAGAAACGAACAACAGCUCGACGUAGAAAACGACAGGAGCAACAGACAGCGAAUCUACGUCAUACAGCAGAACGUCUUCUGCUUAACCGAUUGAAACAGCAGCGACAAGAGGUAGACGGAAUGAUGAUGAAAAAGAAGACUGGUGGUGGUGGUGAUCCAGUACGAGCUGCUGUUGCACCAGGAUUUACAUUACCAGGAACGAAGAGGAAGAAAGAAGAUGAUGAAGUAAUAAGACGAGACCACAUUCAAGAUGAUGAUGAAGAAGAAGAAAGUGAACGAAGAAAAAAGAAUGAGACAAUUCAGCAAAAGGAGAAACUCGACACGAUAAAUAGCGUGCAGGGUCUUGAAGAGACCGCAGUAGUGGAGCAGAAGGCUAAAAAUGAAGAUCUGACGCUGGAUGAUAUUGACUUGGACACAGCACGACUGUCAAAAAUUGAUCUCCAUGCGGUCUUUUCCUUACCACCUCAUUUGCAAAAAGACAUGAUUCAGAAGAUCCUGCGUGAUAGACGUCAGAAGGUUAGGGACCAGUUUAUUCCGCUUGCUGGAAAUCCGGAGAAAUACUCACACACGCAAAUAUCAUCGUUUUUACAAACGAGCGCAUUGAACCGACGAAUUGAAGCUGUGAAACGACAAAAGAGAGAAGAGGAGAUGAAACACCAGGGUGGUGUAGGACAAGGGCAUCGGAUUGAUUCAAAUAGCAACCGCUUUUACAUUUACCAAAGAGAUACAGACAACAACAAGGAAACUGACCAACAAGAUGAAGAUGUAGUAGCGGACGUGGAUUGUACUGAUAUGGCAGAACGAGCCGCGACUAUUGAGUCGAUGCAGCCUAACGAUGCUCAAGUUGGUGCCCUUAAGUCAGUGAAAGAGCAAUCUCUUUCUAAGUUUUCAUCUGGGCAACCAGAACUUGCUUCUGAUGAUAAUGCAAUGGAGGCGACAGCGACGUGGAUCGCACGACAUCAGGUACGCGUUAAGCAGGAACCUAUGCUUGCGAUCGAAAAACUUCGGCUGAAGAGGCUUACGAAGGCGGCUACCUCUGUGAAGCCAGCUGCUCCCGACGUCAGUGUCAAGCAACUUCCAGCAAGUGAUGUAAGUGUUACACUAAAUGUUGACGAUGUUGAGCCUGAAGAAAUGGUGCGAUUUCAGAAGCUGCUCUCAGCAUCUGCAGCCAUGCCUAUUUCUACUGCUGGAACCAAACACGAUGUUGAUGAUGAAAAUGACGAGGAUGACGAUGUUGAUUGGGAGGAGGUGGAUGCAAACACCGUGAAGCAACCCUCAAAUGAUAUUUUUGGCUCUGGGAAUGACGAGCAAACGGUGCCAAAACACGUUGAUACGAAUAAAUUGUCGCCUUUUGGUAAAACAAGCGUACUACGUGCCGCGAAGGAACGAAAAAACGAAGAAGCUGGAAGCGAGGAUAAGCUGGAGUUGGAGAACAUGAAAGAGGUGACAGCUGUUGGUGUUACUGGUGCUGUGUCCAUGGAGCAAAAGGAGCAACAAUUGCCAGACGUUGACUCUUGGGAUGAACGAGAGACUGAUUACAAAGUCGAUGACGCGGAAGGUACUGAGGAGUUAUUUCUGACGCUGAAAGAUGAGAUGGAGGAUGCUAAGGGGCAUGAAGAUCUUGAUUUGCUCAAAGAUGAGGCGCUACAGUCUGCAAUGGCGACUGCUUCAAAUCUUACGCAAUGGGCUGCUGGUGCUGUACGACGAGCAUUGCAGGCGCACUCGUUGCAACAUGGUAGAAAAGGCGAAGCUCGUGGAAGUUCUCUUGCUUCACCAAGAGAAAAAAUAGAAGCUCAGGAUGGUUGUACGUUUGGUGUCGCUAAGGACUCACUUCAGCUUCUGAUCGAAGAAAAAAAGUCCAAGUCUGUCAUCCAGCGUGCAGAAGCGAUCGUUACCAAAGAAGAAGAAAACGUCACGCAAGUCGAUGUCAAAGUCCCCGACGCGAUAGAAGACAACGAAGAGCAGCUACAAGCCGCAUUGGCGGCUUCAAUUGCUAAUGACCACGAAGAGUUAGCAGACAAAGCUGGUAAUGCUGUUCGCUAUCUCCAGUACUCGCAACCAAAUGAGGACUCGGAGCCUAACAUGCUGACGGAUACCACAAGUUUAGAGAUGGAUGCGGCCACAUUGCGAAAGGAACAGCUUCAACUGAAGAAGCUGCGGAAUCAGCAGUUGCGUGACACAGAUGGUAUCACUGACGAUAUGGUGGCAGAAGUGAUGGAACUGCUGCGUUUGUUCGGGGUGCCCUUUCUUGUGAGCCCUAUGGAAGCGGAAGCACAGUGUGCGGCACUAGAACAACUUGGACUUGUGGAUGGCGUUAUCACGGAUGAUAGCGAUAUCUUCCCAUUCGGCGGCCAGCGCGUUUACAAAAACAUUUUUCACCACCAAAAGUUUGUCGAAGCCUUUUCGACUCGCGACAUUGAGCGCGAGCUGGGAUUUUCGCGAGAGCAGAUCAUUGCUUUGGCGCUACUCCUUGGAAGCGAUUAUACGGAUGGGGUACGAGGUAUUGGCAUAGUGAAUGCAACUGAGAUUGCAGCUUCUUAUCCGGGUAUUGAAGGUCUCCGUGAGUUUAAGAAAUGGGUCCAUGAGUUUGAUGUUGGCGAAGAGGCCCAACGUGUUGCUUCAAGUGGGUCUACGAAGAGAAAAAAAGGAGUGAAGAAGGGAAAAGGUGAUGAAGGGGACGAUGAAAAUGAUGACGAAACAGCUCGGGAACGCUUCCAACGGUCUCACGCAAGCUUACGUCGAAAGUGGGAAUUAGGCGAUGAGUUUCCAAGCCAACAUGUUGUCCAGGCGUAUAUGGCUCCUCAAGUGGAUCGCUCUGAUGCUCAAUUCUCGUGGAGUUCUCCAGACGUGGCUGCUUUGCGGAACUAUUGUGCGAAUGCUUUCGGAUGGGAUCAGCAAAAAAGUGAUGGCGUUUUACAGCCCUUGGAAGAGAAGGCAAAAGCUGCCGCAGCCUUUGGCAGCAGACAUAUCCAAACACGAUUGGAUCAAUAUUUUACGAGCUACGACGACCGAGUCCAUUAUGCUCAAGUCAAGAGCAAACGAUUGCGUUCUGCAAUAAGCCACGGUAGCAAGCGUAAGAAGCAGAGAGAAUAA